AUGACCCGACUCUCCGAGAAGCUCCGUCUCUCUCUCUUCCUGUACAAGCCAACCCGCUUUCUCUCUCUAAACCUCCUCCCCAACCUCUCUCUCUCCUCCACGCUCCACCUCUGCAAGUCCCUCGCACGCGCCCUCGCCUCCAAAACCCUAGCCUUCUUCUCCUCCUCGUCCUCCGCCAUGGACGACCCCUACUGGGACCUCGAUUUCCGCCCCAGCUUUCGCUCCCAGCGCCUCCGCCUCCACGACGACUACGACGACGACUGCUCGAACGACGACGUUUCGCACAAUGCCGUCGAUAAGCUCUACCUCGUUCCCUACAGGUGGUGGAAGGAGGUUCGAACGGAAUACGAUCAGAUGGGAGGGGUCUUGUACACUGCGUCUACGGACGACGAUGCUGGCUCGGAGAUUUUUCUGAAUUUGAAGAAGAAGGACGUCGCUGAAGAAGGGUUUUCGGGGCGUGAGUAUGCAUUGGUCCCUGAACCUACAUGGUGUCGCGCUCUCAGACGGCAUAAUGAUUUCUACACGGCAGCAAAGGAUAACGUGAGCCUUUUUGGUGCAGAAAUUUUCUUGAAGGAUGUGUUUUCUUUACAAAUUAGGCUGUUUGUCUCAUGGGAAACAAAUUCAUUGGUUGUAAAGAUCAGCCAAAAGGAUAAUACAGUUGAUUCUUACAAGAGGGCCUGCAAUAUUUUCAGUUCAGAGUAUGUUCCGUUGCAUAUUUGGGACUUCUCAGGGCAGACAACCCAAAUUUUCAUGAAUGACAGUAUUAAUUUGCCAAAUGAUAUUCCUGGACAACUGAACAAAGAGAUUCUCCUUGAACUGCGACUCCAUGGAUUUUCAGAUUAUAUGAAAGGUAGAGAUUGGAGGAGCGAUGAAGUGGCCGAUAAACAUCCCAGUAUGGAUAGUUCUACUUAUGGUGGCUCUAUGAAGAUGAAUGGGAGCACUGACUAUGUGAAUCCUUAUUUAACUCCAACCAACUCCUUGCAAAGUGGUACAAUCUAUAGAGGAGCUGGUUCCUUAGGCCUUAUUGGACUAGAAAAUCUUGGGAAUACUUGUUUUAUGAACAGUGCCAUCCAAUGCUUGGUGCAUACCCCAAAGCUUGUUGAUUAUUUUCUAGGAGAUUACCGGAAGGACAUAAAUUAUUCAAAUCCACUAGGAAUGAAAGGAGAACUUGCUUUAGCAUUUGGAGAGUUGUUGAGGAAGUUAUGGGCUCCAGGUGCAAAGCCAGUGGCUCCAAGAAUGUUCAAGCUAAAACUUGCGAGUUUUGCUCCCCAAUUCAGUGGCUAUAAUCAGCAUGAUUCCCAGGAACUUCUUGCUUUUUUGUUGGAUGGUCUCCAUGAAGAUCUAAAUCGUGUGAAAUGCAAGCCGUAUAUCGAAGCUCAGGAUGUAGAGGGUCGUCCAGAUGAAGAAGUGGCAGAAGAAUAUUGGCAAAAUCACCUUGCUCGCAAUGACUCCAUCAUUGUUGAUGUGUGCCAAGGCCAGUACCGGUCAAAAUUGGUUUGCCCUGUUUGCAACAAGGUGUCCGUUACAUUUGACCCAUUUAUGUACCUUUCUCUACCAUUACCUUCAACAACAAUGCGGACUAUGACUUUGACGGUCCUAAGCACAGAUGGGACUGCAUUGCCAUGUACAUUUACUGUGACAGUGCCCAAGAGUGGAAGGUCGUUGGAUCUGACUAAUGCCUUAAGCGCUGCAUGUUCUUUACGAGAUGAUGAAACCCUAAUGCUUGCUGAGGUAUACAAGUGUCGCAUAUUUCGUCUACUGGAAGAUCCAUUUGAUUCAUUAGACUUGAUCAGAGAUGGUGACCGAUUGGUCGCUUAUCGGUUACCAAAGGGUUGUGAGACGUCCCUUUUGGUUACGUUUAUUCAUCAGCAGAUGGACAUGUGUCACAAUAAUGGGGAGAUGAGAUUAGUCCCACAGGUGUUUGGCAUUCCCCUUGUAGCAACAUUGCCUGAUGUUUGCAAUGGAUCUGAUAUUCGUAACGCGUUCCUGAAAGUACUAAAUCCAUACUUGAUGAGCCCUGGAGAUCUAUUAAAUAUUUUUGAUGAUGAUUUUGCUAAUGAAGAUUCUAAUGCUACUACUACCACUACUACUACAAUUAUGGAUAAUGAUGCCGACUCAGACAGGGAAUCAAGGGAUGAAGCAAAUUCGGAUACUGACUUCCAGUUUUACUUACCAGAUGCCAAAGAAGCUAUAGAAGAUACCUUGAUAGAUAUGAAUGAGCCGAUCGUGGUCUCAGGGUUGCCUAAGAGGUUGGAGGUGCUUGUUUUAUGGUCCGAUAAUAUGACUAAAAAGUACGAUACAUGCCUUUUAAACACUUUGCCAGAGGUUUUCAAGCCCCAAUUUUUCAUGAGGGAGCCUGAAGAAUCUGUCUCUCUGUACAAAUGCCUUAAAGCCUUUAUGAAGGAAGAACCUCUAGGACCAGAGGAUAUGUGGUACUGCCCUAUCUGCAAGAAGCCUCAGCAAGCUAGCAAAAAGUUAGACCUUUGGAGAUUGCCUGAGAUUCUGGUUAUUCAUCUGAAAAGAUUCUCGUACAGCAAUUUAUUCAAGAACAAGCUCGAAACAUUUGUUGAUUUUCCAAUUUAUGAUCUAGAUUUCUCACCCUACAUUAGUCACCGAAAUAGCCAGUUAUCCUGCCAAUAUAUGUUGUAUGCAAUUAGUAAUCACUAUGGCGGCAUGGGUGGUGGUCACUAUACAGCAUUUGUUCAUCUUGGUAAUGGUUUGUGGUAUGAGUUUGAUGAUGAAAAGGUUCUUGCUGUUGGUCAAGAGAGGAUCAGGACAUCAGCUGCAUACGUUCUUUUCUACCGAAGAGUACCGGAUAUAUAA